AUGAUGUCGAUCAUACCGAUCGGAGUGGGGGGAGAAGGUAUGCAAACCGAUUGAGUCAGGUCGCGUUGGUGUUGUACUCUGAACUCGUUCCUUUUCGAAGUUUCAGAUCAAAAACUGACUGGAACAAAUCUUUCAGGUCUUCCUUCCGUUGGCCGAUUUCGCUGUGCAGUUUGUGAUUCCUGGAGUUCUUCUGGCACUUCUCCAUGUCGGAUUCAUCAGAGAACCAGAGAUUGACAUGGGCGAUCUCACGAAGCAGUGAGUUGGAAUGAGCUCAGCUCACGAGAAACAUUUUUACUCUCAUUUUACAGCAACCGAUUCGGAAGGACUCCAAGGGACCAAACCCGCAUUCUCAUCACUACAGUAACCAUAAGUUUCCUCGUCGUUCAAGUGCCCACCGCCUUCAUAACCACUCUUUCGCUGACUAUCAAUCACUUCCAGAAUAAUAAUGCCUGUGAGUCAUUUGUGAUUCAUAAAUCACGAGCAUCCGAUCUCCCGUUUCAGUGAUGCUGUUGGCGUUGGUCACUGGUCAUCUGCAGCCUCUCCUCUCGAUCACCACGAUGGCGGCCAACACGGCGGCUCUUCUCACAGCCUAUUACGUCAUUGUCAAAGUGAGCCCUCGAUCUCGUUCAGAUGCUCUCAAUCAGUUAUUCAGGACGACGACGAAGACGUGGGCGACAGUCGUACCUCGAUAAGUGAUAAUGAAUGUCAGAAUGAGCUUCUGCUUCGAGCUCAGCAAUCCACGUCACGGCGCGGUACCAGGCAAGUCUGGAACAGUAUCCGAAGGUUCGCCACUUUCCAAAUCGCUUUUCAUCCAUCCAUCCAUCCACCGCUUCUUUUUCUUUUUUUUUGCGUGUGACUUCACAGUGUGGUUGGUAUUGUUUUCCGAGUGAUUUGCGGUGAACCUUCUCCCUCGCCCUCUCCGCCCCUCCAACAACGCCCUCAUUCCAGAAUAUCCCGUACGUAUCUCAGCGUGAGCCACUCGUUCGACACCGGCUCUCUUCGAUCGUUCUCGCGCAAAGGAUCCGCCAUCGGCGACGACAUUCUGUGA